CCUUGACUCUUUUUUGUGACUCAGAUACAAAAAAAAACAUCCAAUACACCAGGUACGCGAUAUCCUUCCUAUUUCGAUCAUCCCUCUAUAAAACAAUCGCGUCCUACUGUGCGUUUCUUCCCUUCUAUGUUUUCCGUCGCGUCAAUUGAAUCCUCAUUGAGUCUUUUCACCCGCUGCACUCUUCUCCGCCACUCGCAUCCAACUUUUGCAAUUCGAUCGCAAUAUCCAAAGCAAAUAGCUAAUUCUUUUCCAAACUUCAGAAUUGACAGCUUAAGAACCAUCACAAUCAUGUCUGAAUAUCCCCACAUCCUACUUCGCGCUGAGGAGAAGCCACUCGAGCACCGAUCUUUCUCCCCCGCCGUUAUCAAGACACUCGUCGAUGCUGGAUACCCCAUUUCCGUCGAGCGAUCGUCCACAGACCCCAAGUUUAAGCGUAUCUUUGAGGACUCAGAGUAUGAGGCUGCUGGCGCUCGUCUUGUCGACACGGGUGUCUGGCCCAACGCUGAGCCUGGGACAAUCAUCCUGGGGCUGAAGGAGAUACCCGAGGAGGACUUCCCUCUCAAGAAUGACCACAUCACAUUUGCCCACUGCUACAAGAAUCAAGGGGGCUGGGAGAAGGUACUCGGUCGCUGGGCACAAGGCGGCUCAGUUUUGUAUGACUUGGAGUUCUUGCACGAUUCUGAAGGUCGUCGGGUUUCGGCCUUCGGUUUCCACGCUGGUUUUGCAGGAGCUGCGCUCGGAAUAAAGACGCUUGCCCACCAGCUGCAGGACUCGUCUUCUAAGCUCCCUUCAGUCGAGACAUUCACCGAUGGCCGCGGAUACUACCUGAACGAGGAUGAGCUCGUCAACCAGAUUCGCGAGGAUCUCGCCAAGGCUGAGAAGGCUCUGGGACGUAAGCCUACUGCUCUCGUCCUCGGUGCUCUUGGACGAUGUGGUAAGGGUGCCGUUGACCUGUUCCUCAAGGCUGGCAUGCCUGAUGAGAACAUCACCCGUUGGGACUUGAACGAGACCAAGAACCGUGAUGGCCCUUAUGAGGAGAUCGCCAAGGCUGAUGUCUUCCUCAACGCCAUCUACCUCUCCAAGCCCAUUCCCCCUUUCAUCAACCAAGAACUCCUCGCCAAGCAAGGCCGCAACCUCGCCGUUGUCAUCGACGUCUCGUGCGACACCACAAACCCUCACAACCCCAUCCCCAUCUACUCCAUCAACACCACCUUCGAGGAUCCCACUGUCCCCGUCGAGAUCAAGGACGACCAGAACAACCUCCCCCUGUCUGUCAUCAGCAUUGAUCACCUUCCUUCAAUGCUUCCCCGCGAGGCCAGUGAGGCCUUUAGCGAGGGUCUCAAGGAGUCGUUGCUUACGCUCAAGGACCGUAAGACUUCGCGGGUGUGGGCUGAUGCUGAGAAGCUCUUUAAUGAGAAGGUUGCUCUGUUGCCCGAGGAGUUGAGAACUAAGAGAGUUUAAAAGUACUAUUUAUGUUGUAGCUGAGCUGGUUACAUAGACCGAAAUAGAAGGCUGCAAGAUCGGCCUGUUUGACAUAUAUGGACACUUGCUUAUGAGUGUGAACGUUGAGUUGCGGUACUGUUCGUUGAACAGAAGAUGUUCACGGAAAUAAGAUCACCAGAUACAUGAUACAGAGGCUCUUCCGGCCAUUAUUUAACAAUUGAGUGAAAGUCCUGACAUUAAAACAGCCGGUACUUGAACUCAACCAUCUCAUGUAAACUCCUUACAAAACAUUCUCAUUCUUAAACCGCGUCUCUCAUCACAACCCUUGUGAUCCAGGAAGACGCGCCUGCACUAUUUCCGAAGUAUACAAUUGCGAAGCUGAAAGUCGGACAACAUAAAACUGGAUACCCCUGCUCAAUGCGAAGACCAAGCAAAGAGUUGAUUGGUAGAUCUUUUGG